GAUUAAAACAUCCAGAUGAGGACACCUCAGCUCUAAACAGCCAAGGUUUUAACGCGAGUGGUGAGCCAUCCACUCACAGUCCUGAUUGGCUUUUUUCCCCCUGUGUUUACAUUUAAUCCUUAAAUUUUAUUCCAAUGGCUCCAAACUUCAAACUCUUCUCACUCAUUUGGCUAGUUGCAGCCUUCCCAACACCUCAAGCAACAACAGCCGCUGAUGGUACACCAGUCCCACCACCUCAAGCAACAACAGAAGCUAAUGGUACACUAGUCCCAACAUCGCAAGAAACAACGGCAGGUCCAGGUGGUUCAUCGGCAACACCUCAAGUAACACCAGAUCGUCCAUCCACAAAACCACCAUUAACACCAGCUCCAACAAAACCACUUCCAGGCCCAUGUGAGUCAAACCCAUGCGGCGAUGGUAGCACCUGUGUACCUCGUUUCAAUCAAAUGUUUGAAUGCCUGUGUUUGCCUGGUAGGGUUUACAAUAAAGACAGCAGCACUUGUGAGAGUGCCAAGGUUUUCCCUGGACAACUGACCCUGACAAACAAGUACAAUUCAAACCAUGCAGACCCCACAUCAGAAGACUUUCUGAAUGUGUCUAAAGGCGUUGUUACAGAGCUGGACGAUGUUUUUAAGUCAACUACUGGCUACUCUAAAUCUAUAGUGCUGAAACUGAAGUCCACUAGUAGUGUCAGAGUGUGGUUCAGGGCGACGUCAGGUAUCUUGGCUGAAGUAGAGAACAUCUUUGAGCCAGCAGCUGUCAUUGAUACUAAAACAAUUACAGAAACAUUGAAAAAGGCGAUUAAAGACUCAUCUAAAGACUCUAUCCUGAAUGGGGCAGCUUUUAAAGAGGAUGACCUGUGUACUUCAAAACCUUGUGAUGUGGAAACCACUGAUUGCACUGGCAAGGAUGGAUCUUUUGACUGUUCAUGUAAGGACGACUACAUUAAGACGAGCUACAGCGACAGAGUAUGCGUUGCUUGUCCCAGUGGGCAAAAAGCUGGGCCCAGUGGUUGUGUCGCUUGUACAUUUGGUUAUUCUGGCUUAAACUGCAAUGAAUCAUGGCAACUUGCGCUGGUAGUCGUGUCUGUUGUUGUAGGACUGCUGCUCAUCUCAGCCAUUGUUAUGGUUGUAUUGGCACGCAGGUACGUUUUCCAUCUACUCAUUAAACAAUUUGUCAUUACUUUUUCAUCUCUGUCAUGUUUUUGUCAUAUUCUCUCUUCUUCAUGCAAGUCAUUAACCUUUUAACACCUAUGCCUUCCUGAACCGCAGAAUGAGCAUGAGAUGCAGGACCAACAUGUAGAUGACUCCUAGCAGCAGCCGGCAAAACCUGGUCCCUAAUGGGAGGAACCCGCGGCUCUAUGAUGACCCUGACGACAUAAACCCAUACACACAGGCUCGAUCCCAGAACAACCCGUACGCCCAGAAUCGCCCUCAGAACAACCCGUACUCCGCCAAGGAGGGGUACACCAACCCUUACGUCACCAAUGACAAUGGAAGACGGUUAUAUUAAUAAGGGUUAAAUAACACAACCUCUUUAAUUCCUUAUUAUAGCAUUAUGUAUACAGAAACAUGAAUUAGAUGUCCUUUCACCACAAUGACUCGCAGAGCUUGAAUGUAACUGUGAUCAAUUAUAAGCUUCCAACAGUCAUUUCAAUUGUUUCCAUGACACAUGUACUGAACAUCUGAAACUUUGGGAUUUGGAAAAAUGCAGGCCUAUUCAAAGGUGUCAGUCAAACCUGAAUUAAACUCAGGGACCAGUAUAUUUAAGAUAUAACUAUUUUGUCCAGUUAAUAUCUUGCUCGUCAGUGAAUUUACUAGAUAUCACUUUAUAUGUCAAAUGUUUACGCUGUGUCAUUAUGUGUAACUCAUUAACUCAUCUUAUUGUGAAGGAGACGAGUUUCUUAAAGUCUGAUCAAAUAUUGUUCAAAUGUUCAUUAUCUAUCUAUCUAUCUAUCUAUCUAUCUAUCUAUCUAUCUAUCUAUAUAUCUAUCUAUCUAUCUAUCUGUCUAUCUAUCUAUCUAUCUAUAUAUCUAUCUAUCUAUCUAUCUGUCUGUCUAUCUAUCUAUCUAUCUAUCUAUCUAUCUAUCUAUCUAUCUAUCUAUCUAUCUAUCUAUCUGUCUAUCUAUCUAUCUAUCUAUCUAUCUAUCUAUCUAUCUGUCUGUCUGUUUGUGUAAAAAGUUUAUUAUAUUAAAAAUGUUUGUUCUUCUUUUUUUGUAUUUCUAAGAUAUAUAUUGUGUCGAUUUUCAUUUUGAUUAAUACUUAAGUAUUAUUCAACACCAAUAAAAUAAAGUUAUAGGAAAUAUUUGAUAGCUUAUUGUACUGCCUUCAUGUUAUACACUUCUUAUAUAAGAUAGUCAUGUACGGAUGUAUUGAUCAAACAUCAAUAUUUCAAUUUAAUGUAUUUAAUCAAUAAAUAUGUCUUAUUAAUGUGAAAGGAUAAGUGAUUAUUUGAAUAAAUUACUAUCUCCAUUA